AUGACACAAACAUCUUCUUCCACCAAGCGGCCGCGCACGGAAACCACGGCCGACGAUAUCCGCGCCGAGUGCCCAUUUACAGUACGCGUCCUCGAUCCACGCGAAAAAGAGCUGAAGACCAAGAGCAAGAAGCGGCGGAAGCGGGGACACAACAGCUCCGGCGGCAACCACCCGGAUGACGACGAUGGCAACCGAAGGAUACUACAACAGUGCGCACCGUUCGAGCCGAAGGGCGAGUUCACCACCCACAGCAAUAUGGAUGUUCACUACGUCGUGGAGCCGGCGAAGCAAUGGGCCGACAUGACUCGGUAUAAUAGCUUCGUCCUCAAUGGCGUUAAGUACUACUGUGAGGGCUUCAUCUACGUCGCAAACGAAUCAUCCCUCGAGCGCCAGAGAUCCGGCGCCGCCAUUGGUGCCGCUGUCGCCGGAGCCACCGGUGCCGCUGGUGCGGCCGGCGCUGGUGAUGCUGGUGCACAAAACAUCAGCCCGCGCAGGCGCUCAGAAGACGACUGGGUUGCGCGCAUCCUCGAGAUCCGUGCUAGCGACGAGCAUCAUGUGUAUGCGCGAGUGUUUUGGAUGUACUGGCCAGACGAGUUACCACAUGGCACACACUAUGGAAAGCGCCAGGUUCAGGCACGGCAGCCAUACCACGGCUCUUCGGAGCUGAUUGCAUCUAACCACAUGGACAUCAUCAACGUCGUCAGCGUUACCUCCAUGGCGCAAGUGAACCACCUCAACGAAGACAAGGACGACGAUGUGCAGAGUGCGCUGUACUGGCGUCAGGCUCUGGAUGUGCGCAGCAUGGAGCUUUCAUCUAUCGAAACCGUUUGCGAUUGCAACCAACCCGCGAAUCCGGAUAAGAUGCUUGUCGGCUGUGGCGACGAUAACUGUGCGAAAUGGAUCCACGAAGAAUGCUUGAAACACUACGCGCUCAUGCGCGUUUACGAACGGUUAGGGCACGACAAGCCACAUAUCGCGGUGAAACCCGCGCUGGCGGACGUCGUGAAGUCCGAAACGGGUACAGAUGAUGUCAAGGAGCCGCUGAGCCCGCGGGAAUCCGGGGGCGCAGCGUCUGCCCAACAUUCCAUCGAUGUGAAGGCGGACACGGUCGAGGUCCAGGGCGCUAGCGAAGACGAGACAGACAAAGUCGCCAGCGCUGGUGCACGGCCGAAUGGGCACAGCGGCGACGGCACAGAGGCGAAGGACGUGGCUGUACGCAGCAAGGCCAAGGAUGAUGCAGUGGCGGGUUCGAGCGGCACACCGCCGCUGAAGCGGGAAGUGACGCCGUCUGAGUCGGAAGCAGGCGGCCUGCAAUCGGCGAAGAGGGGUGCGACCAACGGGCUGGCCACACCCACGCCUGCAGCGUCGGCGUCCAGGGCGCGGAAGUCACCCGCCGGAGCUGGCGUGGCCGUGGCUUCCGGUGGUGGCAAGAAAGCGGCUGGCCGCACAUUCCCGACCCUGCAGUCGUUUGGCCACAAGAAGAAGCCUUACGACAAGCUGUUUGAGGCGAGCCUGUUGCUGACGCCGCUGGACUCGACGGCACCGACGAUGAUUGAGAUCCGUGACCUGCGCCGAAAGGUGGUGGGCGGCGAGAAGGAGUGGUUGGAGCCGGCAGAGUGCCCGGACAUUGUUGUGCAGGCGGAGUGA